GCGCUGUUGCCACCUUCAGUCGCUAUAUAAGGGAUCGAAUCAGCGCAUCCCAGGCAUCGCACGUUCUUCCACAAACCGUGAUUCGUCGCAUUUGUCCUCUCCUUCCCUACCCUUCCCUGCUUCGCGUCCCUUACCGCUCGCUGGAGCUGUAGAUUCACGAUCCCCAUCCAUCUACCGAGUCGCUCAAGGCCCCCUCCCUCGUCUUCGUCGACGGCUUUUACCGAGCUGCAAUUGCAGCAAGCUUGCCAACCCUCGACCCUGUUGCUGCGAGCCUUAUCCUCCGCAAGUUCCUUUCCCAUUAGUGGCCCUCUCCUUACUGUUCUAAUUUCGGCGUAGGCGACGAGCGUAGGUUGUAACAGAUGGCUUCGUUUCAAAUGAAUGAGAAUUCAAUACAAAGCACGGCUUGUAGAUGUGGUGAAGGGGACCAAAAUAUUUGGACAACAAGAACCUCUGAAAAUUCUGACAAUCAAUCAAGUAGCUGUCGUAAUUGUGAGAUCUUGAAGAGUGGGCCUCUGUUAAUAUCAUCUAAAGGAAUUGGAUGGACAUCUUGGAAAAAACGGUGGUUUGUUCUUUCUCGUAAAUCCUUGAUGUUUUAUAGGGUCGACCCUAACGCGCUACCUCAGAAAGGAAGUGAAGCCCCAAACCCCACACUUGGUGGCAUUGAACUCAACAACUCAGGGAGCGUGGUUGUGAAAACAGACAAAAAACUACUCACUGUCCUUUUUCCUGAUGGUCGGGAUGGGAGAGCUUUUACUCUGAAGACAGAAACCUUAGAAGAACUAAAUGAGUGGAAAGCUGUAUUAGAAGGUGCUUUGGCGCAAGCACCUAGUGCAAACCAAGUAAUGGGGCCCAGUGGAAUAUUUCUUAAUGAAGUAGCUGACUCAAUUGAAGCUUCAGUUGAUCUAUGCAAGGAUAAGCCUCCUACUACAUCUUCAAUCAUUGGGAGGCCAGUUUUACUUGCUCUACAAGAGAUUGAUGGCUCUCCUUCUUUCUUGGAGAAGGCCCUUAGGUUCAUUGAGGAACAUGGAAUUAAAGUUGAAGGCAUCUUACGGCAAUCUGCUGAUGUUGAAGAGGUAAUGCACAGGGUUCAGGAAUAUGAGCAAGGAAAAACUGAGUUUGGUCCUGAUGAAGAUGCUCAUGUUAUUGGUGAUUGCAUUAAGCAUGUGCUCCGGGAAAUGCCAUCAUCCCCUGUUCCAGUAUCAUGCUGUAUGACUCUGGUUGAUGCAUAUAGAACCUAUCGUGGAUCCAGAGUCAAGAACAUGCGUGAUGCAAUAUAUGGGACCUUCCCUGAGCCUAACCGUCGUUUGCUACAAAGGACUCUCCAGAUGAUACUAACUGUGGCUGCUCACAAAGCUGAGAACAGGAUGAGCCUCUCUGCUUUGGCUGCUUGUAUGGCACCUUUACUUCUUCGCCCACUUCUGGCUGGUGAAUGUGAACUCAGUAAUAGUUUUCAAAUGGAUAGUGAUGAAUCUUUUCAACUUUUGCAAGCUGCUGCAGCUGCAAACCAUGCUCAAGCUAUAGUGCUAAUUCUUCUGGAGGAGUACAAAAAUAUAUUUGAUGAUAACUCUUUUUCUUCAGAGCUUUACACUGAGUCAGAAGAUGAUGAUAUUGAGGAUGAUGAAUCAACUGAUAAUGAUAUCUCCCAAGUGGAUGGAUAUCGUGAUGCAGAGAAUGACAAAAAACCAGAUGCAGAGGGUAAUAUGGAUCAUUCUUAUAGUGAAACCUCCAGUGGAAGUGACAAUGAUGUUGGUAGUGAAGAUGAUAGUGAUUUGGGUAGUGAUGUUGACAGCGAAGUUGGCGGUAAUGUUGGCAGUCACAUAGGCAAUGAUGUUGGCAGUAAUGUAAGAAGCGAUGCUCAUUGUGAUGUUGACAGCAAUGGUGUUAGUGUUGUCAGGAGUGAUGCAGGCAGUGAUAUGGGGAGUAAUUUGUCAAGAGACCAGGACAUUAAAGACAUUAGUGCUCAUUCUAUAGCUGCUAGAAAUUUGGAGGUUGUUGAAAACACUGCGAUAAGUUCAAAAAAAGUCUCCGCAUUUCUCCAUGAUGAUAUUUACCUCAAAACAUCUGCAUCUGCCCAUGACCAAUCGUCAGCAUAUAUUCCAUCCUUUGGCAAUGCUGACAUACAGCAUGAUGAUGACUUGCCAAUUGAAAAUACUAACUCAACCAUACCACUUUAUCAAGAGUCUCAUGAGCCCACUGUCGGUUUUUUGUCUACAAUUGUAACGAAUAAUUUAGUUAAUCUCAAACCUUCUGCCCCCAGCAUAAUAAAAUUUGCAGAACAAUCAAAGGAAGCAAAACCUGCUAUGCGAAAUAAAUUGGGGCGUACCUCUGCAAGGAAAAACCUUUCAGUGGACUCAAUUGAAGACAUCAGUGAUGAUGAGUCUGCUAUUCAGAGGCUUGAGAAUGCCCAGAUAGAUCUUCUAACUAAAAUUUCAGAAGAGAUAAAAGGGAAUGCAGUUUUGCAAGCAAGUUUGGACAGGCGAAAGGAAGAUUUGCCAGAACGUCGUUUGGCUCUAGAGAAAGAAGUGGUAAGGUUGAAAGCAAUAUUGCAGAAAGAGAGAGAUUUAAGGUCACACUUGGAGUCUGGUUUGAUGAACCUACAGUCCGACAAUUUAACCACCUUAGCUUGUUUAGAUCGCAAGAUUAUUGCCGAUCUUGAAGAAAUUGCUCUUUCAGUAAGUGAUAUCAAUAAUUUGAAGCACAAUAUCACUGAUCUCACUGAACAGCUACACCAUGGAUGUACUACUUUAUGUCAAUCCUGCGGUCAACCUAUUUAUAGAAGAGAUGAAAGACAGGAAAAAGCAGAUGAUAUUCCUAAUGAACAUAAAAAAGAUAACCCGUUGAAACAUGACAAUACGAAAGAUGAGGCCAAAAGUUCAACUUCUUUGAAGGAAAGACAAACAUACCAAAAGCUAUUACCAAGAGUUUCAAAUCAGAGUGUUGCAAGAUAUUCUGAAGCUUCAUUAUCUGAAGAUCGAAAUAGAGCAUCAAAGAAGCUUGCAAGGUGGGAAGGUACAAAAAAGGAUGCUUUAGAGUCUCCAACUAGGAGAAUGUCUUCCCAGAAGCAAAAACCUAGUAUUUCAUCGGUAAACAGUGAGACAUAUGAAGAAACAAAUAACACAGUAUUUUCAGAAGAACAAAUAACACUUCUUCGCAACAAUGCAACAAGAAGACAGGCUCACAAGAUUGAGGAGGGAUUCUCAUCAGCAUCUACACUGACAAAGCUAACAAAUCGACUCAACUUUCUCAAGGAAAGGCGCGUCCAACUCGCUAAUGAGCUACAAAAUUUGGAUUCGGGUCGAGCCGCUGGCUUUGAAGCUCCUUUGAAAACGAAUAACAACUGAUUUGGAAUUUGCUUGAUUCACAAAAAAGCUGUGCUCUUACCAGAUCAAUGGUUUUGUAGGGAAUUCAAAUGCUUAGCAUUUGAUGAUUUAUUAUAAUGUUAAGCUUAUAACAACAAUUUGUUGCUCUCAUCAGGUCUAUCAGGAUAUUUAAGUUCCGAUUAUCCACGGGAGAACUGAAGACUCAUUUGUGGAGUAUUCUAGUACUGUCUUUCUUUUCGUCAAAGAUUCCUUAUAUAUUAUUGUAAAAUUUUCUAUUUGAAAACUAACCACUGUAAAUAUUUUAUUGUAAAGUUUUCAAC